CAUCUGUGAAUGGAGAGUGAUAACUGCAUAAAAGGGAGAGAGGAUUUUAUUCCAAUUCACUCCUGCACUGCACCCCAUUCAUGGGGCAGGCAGAGAGGCUUCUUCAUUUUCGGGUCAGAAUUAUAGGUAUUUGACAUGACACUCGUGUAGCGGGUGAGGCUAUCCCUAGAGGAAAUAUGGUCCUCUAGGCCAGAUUGCCAGGGUUUUUUCUAUCUUUUGUUCUUGUACUUGGAAUUUUGUAUAAAACGAUCCAUCGAUAUUAAACGAACCGAAACACAAGGAAUGAUGUCAUGUGUCAUCUUUCUGCAUCAGUUUCCGCGUGUUACAAUAUGAAAUUAGGAAUGGCGGCUUCUCGAGCACCCGGUGCACCGUCUUUGUCGAAACAGCAACGGCAAUAUGGCAACAGUUUCUUUAAAUCUUCCCAAGAGGGUUUCGGGUUUAUCAUCCAGAGUGGGAGACUAGAGUCUGCUCUUGGAUGGUACCGAUGUGCUUACAACUGCAGCGAUAAUGACGAUGAUGCGGUUUCGGCAAUCAAGAAUAUUGCCAUGGCAACCUGGAAGUUGGCUUCACUGCACGGGUCAGUAACAGACAGAGAUCAAAAGACACAGAAGAUCAUCGCCAGGCGUCACUUCAACGAUGCCCUCCAGAACUUCAACGAGGCACUUCUGCUGAAGUACUGUAAGACCGCCGCCUGGACCGACCACCUACAAGCAUCCAUGCAGAAGUGCGGUGAGGAAGCCAUCGAAUGGAUUAACAAAUCUUAUGAGGAUGAGCAAGAGAAAAUGGGCUUCCUUACUGAAACUCUUGCUCACAUGUCAGAUGGCAAGAAAAAGGCAGAAGACUACAUCCAACUGGCAACCCACCUCUUCGGUCAAGGACUAACAGCACUUGGAGAGCUCAAGUACAAAGAAUGUUUUAGGUUUAUGAAAGAGUGCUAUUUCCCUAUCCAAGAGGCAGCUAGAAUGUGUGGCAAAGACCCAACCAUUCAUUCCGAAGUGGAAGUUCUCAAGGAGGAUGUUCAUCAGCAUACAUGUCUUGCAGAAGCUGGAAAGGCAAGGGCUACUGGCGAUGCACUCUUGGAGACAGGACUGAAGGACAAUGUGGAUCUGAACGUGGAGUUAGUGUGGUCCGUCAUGGACUGGUACAGACAGUCUGCUAUCUUGUGUAAAGGAAGUGAUAUUGAACAGGAAGCUAUUGCUUAUAGCCGGAUGGGAAGGAUUUAUGGCAAGGUCCUGAAGUUAACAGUGAAAGGAAAGAACUGCUAUAAAAGGGCUAUAGAGCUUGCACUUAGUAUGGCUCCAAGAAACUUCCAUAACGUUGAUUGGUUCGAGGAGAGCAAGAAGUAUAUUGAGGAAUUCCAGAAGCGACUUGACAAGGGCACAGAGGAGAACAAGGAGAAGGAUGCAGCUCUAGCUGAUAUGAAGGCAGACCUUGAUAAGCUCAAAGGCUUCUCAAACCUAUCUCCCGAGGAGUAUGUCGCAACUCUGUACAAGACAUGGCCACCCAAAGCUCAAGGGGCAAAGUUGAAUGAGAAACUCGCUACCAAGAAGCUGCUCUUGAAGGCCAUCAGUCACUAUCACCCAGACAAGGUGGACAAAGAGGUCCAUGGCAAGAAGUGGUACUACUUCACGGAGGAGAUUACCAAGUGUCUAAAUGAUAUUUACAUGAAACACAAAUUUAGUGAUGUGGAAUAGUGCUUCAUUUUGAUAUAGGGAUCGAUUGAACUUUUUAACUCGAUCCUCUGGUAUAGUAAGGGAUUAGGUCAGGAUAGUUGACGUACUGGACGAUAUUAUAGAAAGUGAAGAAAAAAAAAUAGAUUUGGGCAAAUUGGGCAAAAUAUAUAAAAAGCCGCGAGAAUUUAGCAUUUUUUUUUUACAUAAAAAUUAUUUCAUUAUAGACUUUGACCUAAUCGGAAAAUACUAUCAUAGUUCACCCUUCCUUUCAUCUUUUUCAUUUUCAACAUAUUUUCUUUCUUUCUUUGUUAUCAAUUUUUUUUUGGGGGGGGGGGUGGUCGUGAUUUUUUUGGGAUGAGAAAUGGGAUGGGGGAGGGGGGCUGCCCCAAAAUCCACCCCAUCCAUACGCCAAUGUUAGGCCCUAUAUUUGGAUGACGCAUAUCCGAAGUAUUUUACUACACUCAUGUGCAUUAUAAAAUCAUGGAUGGAAAUACCCACUGUUCGACAUAAUCAUGUUAAUGAAAUUAGGCAUUAUCAUGAUUCAACGGAAUACCAUAUAUAGAGUCGUAUUGCCCAAUUUUUAGAAACAUACUCUGCCAGUAGUUGGCAUUGCCGAUCGGCUAAGAGAUAGAAUUGGAAAGCCCCAAAACAUCCUCAUACAUUGUUAUAAAAUAUUUGUAUCUAGAAUAUGUAUUGAUGUUAAAGUGAUCCGUCAUAUUUUGUCAGUUUUUUGUCAUUUUAAAACUGCAACCGUUACUUAUUAGUACAAUAUACGAAUUCAUCUUACAAGAAACUAUCAUGCCAAAGAAGAAGAAAAAAUGUAAUUCCUAUCAUGCCUAUUACUUCAAAGAGCUUGUCGGAACCCAAGAAACUGGUGUGGUGAAGAAAUAUUGUGGAGGAGACUCGACUCAUGGAUUCAUAACGGAACAUCAUUCUUCAAAAAACGUGUUUUUCCACAUCUCCGCUAUUUCUAAGGAUGGUCGUCGACCAGUGAGGAUUGGAGAUGAGGUCAUGUUUGACUUAUCUGGUUCCGAAUUGAUACAUAGCAGAAUCGGUCCGUGUUUUGACUUUAGGCCAUGAGGAGUCUUAUACGAUAAUGAAAUUCAUCGAAAGAAACUCUGGGAAGAGGUCCGCCAGGCAUACAGAAGGAAACGAUGUAGAAGCGGGUAAUCGAAGGCGACGAUGCAGACGUGGAAGACGAGGUGAAACUCACCGAGGUGCAUGGGGAUGAUCAUGAGGGUGAAUAUCGAUGCAUGGGAGCAAGACAGAGAUGUUGAUGGCGGCUGGGGAUAUUUUAGCACUCUGCUGACAUGGACUGAUGGCUUCUCAAGGCACUAAACAUGCACAACUAGGUCCAAUCGUAGGACGUCAAAUUCCAUUCUUAAACUUCAUCAUUCUUUAAUGAGAUACGAUGUUAUAUUAUAUUACAUGUGAUUAUUUUGACCAUAGCGUAUCUUAUCAUUUUUUUAAAGAAUAGCUCUACAUUGAUAUUGAUAUUCUAUUUUGAUUCUUGCCGUCUAUUAGGCCUACAAUUCGCCAUGCAAUAUAAGCAUGUUGCUGUAGAAGCAAACAAAGUUUAUGGAUCUCGAUGAAGAAGACCCCGACCAAAUGAUUUGAAAUCAUCAUUUUAAACAGUUUUAAAUGGGUUGUCCUCCUCAGCAGAUAGUAUUUU